AUGGCGCAACGCAUGGAGAAGGCCGCAACGACCAGCGAGAUCAUGGCGCGGUUCCGGCCCAUAGCACCCAAGCCAAUGCUGGCGCCGCUCGGCGCCACGGCGAACAGCGUGCUGUGCCGGGCGCGCAAGCGCGGCUGGCAGGAUCCCGUGCCCCCACCGGCGCCGAAAUGGCAGAGGACCGCGCUGUCUUACCCUCCAGCUCCUGUCUGGCGGGCAGCCGGCACCGGUGCGGCGGCCACGUUGACGAGGGGACGGUGCCUGCCCGAAGGUCUUCUUCUUCCACGAAGUGAUGAAGAUCUCCUAAGACUGUCGCUUGCGAGGUCUCGCGCUUCGCCGUGGGUGCCGUCGUCAAACACAAGGCGGUUGUUCCCGCUGAAGCGCGACCUGCUCUCGGAGCUGCAGGUGCCCAAGGUCAUCGCGCCCCGUCCGGCGCGCCCACUGCGCACCACCAUCUGCAUCGACUCCAGCAACGUCGCGGGCGCCAACUCAGUGGCGGCGGUUGCCCUGUCCAAGAAGACAGUGAGGGAAGUGGAGGCCGAGCUGGAGCUCGCCGAUGCUCUCCCUGCUGUGGUGUCGGGCCGAUACAACCGCGUCCACCUGGCAAACGACGCGUACAAGGCGAUGGUGGGGCAGCCGGUGUGCCCGUGGCUGGACUCCCUGCCGGGUGCCGGCGCGUCGAGGCGGAUCAACGGCGAGGUGGUGCUGAACGUGCAGACGUUCAGCCCCGCUUCGCGACUGCCAAACGCUGGAGGCGCCUUCCCGUGCACUGCGAGGAUCUCGUGGGAACUCGACGAGGCAAUCACUUCCCUUACCGUGCCGUGCGCCGUCGAGCGCCUGACCGGCAGCUCCGGCGACUACCAUUUCAUCUGGAGGUUUGACUCCACCAGGGCCUCCAUCAUCUACUGCCUCCCGUAA